AUGAUCUGCGGAGUGGAGGUGAAACGUCGAUCAAAAUGCGGAAACCCAAAAAGUUGCAGCAGCGCACAGGCAGCCGAGAUUUCCCCACACACGACAGGCCAAGGAACAGCAAAGCAGCAAAGGUCGUCGGUUAUUCGAAUCUGCCUGAUAACCGAGCCUCGACCAUCGCCUCGUCCACCUCCGACUCUCUCGACGGCGACCUCUAUUCCAGCUUCACCAACUGGAAGCAUACACCGAAAAGCCAUGACCUCGCACACAUUAGCUCGCUUCGAUGCGAGCAAGGAUCUCUCCGACGACUGCGCGUUCUGUCGGAUCGUUGCCGGGCAGUCUCCUGCGUACAUCGUCUAUGAAGAUGAGCACAACCUUGCCUUUUUGGACAUCCUGCCGCUGAGACCGGGCCAUACGCUGGUAAUCCCCAAGAAGCACGUUCAGCAAGUGUCCCAUCUGGAUCAGGAGACGGCAGCUUCACUGUCGCAUGCGCUCGUACAGACGACACGAGCUGUCGGCAAAGGUGAGUUCUCCUUCGAUAAUACUCCUUCUGUGAAAGACAAGAACGCUAAUCAUCGCUUUCUCAUAUUACUCGGUGACAUCUAUGAUGCAGCGCUUGGCGACGAAAGGCUGCAAGUGAUCACCAAUCAGAUCUACGCACAGCUUGUCCCUCAUGUUCAUUUCCACAUCGUCCCCGCUGCGAUGCGACCAAACACGGACGGGAAGGCCAAGAAAAGUUCAGCAUCGAGCAAUCCACUGGCGGCACUGGGACUGGGGCAUGGACGUGAAGAGCUCGACGAUGAGGAAGCCGAAGAGCUCUGCAAAAAGAUCCGUCAAGCCGCGCAACUGUCCAAGAACGAACCGCAUGCAAAACUGUGA